GCAAAGCCAUUAGUUAUACAUUCCCCAAAAAAUGCACUUUCUUUUAAAAGUAAUCACGUUUUCGGCAUGCUUGUACGUCUUUAUUGGUGAUGUGGCUGGAACGUUCGUGGAAAAGAACCAAACAAAUGCCGUUGAAGAAGGACGUUACCUACUUUUCCCAUCUCUCUCUACCAUGCAGCUAUCGAUUUGUACUUCGUCAGGAACGCCAUUUUUCGUCCCGAAGAAAAAGUACCCCUUCAGACGUUUGGGUGUGAAUAUAGGCUUUCAGGUGAAUUACAAUCUUCCGUACAGGUUGAAGGAUUUCUACAGUUUUCCGACCUGGGCCCGGUCAAUGGUGGAUAUCGUGAAAGGAAGAUACAUGCCGACGGAAGUCGUAACCGCUAGAGCAACUCGAAAAAGACGCUCCUCCAGACACCUGAGUGCGGGGGAUGUUUAUACGGCUAUAGAAGAAGUUCUACAGCUCGCUGGCUAUGAUAAGGACUGUGUUAUCAAAAGUGUAUGCGAGUUAUCACAUAGCCCCUUCCAUAAUUUAGAGGAAGACUUAUAUACUGAAGUCUUACACUUUUUGCUAACGCCUUCAGAGCAUCAAGCAUUUGGUGAUCACGAGCGGAAAAUGAAACUCAAAUACGAAAUGGCAGAAAAAUACGGACGGAUGGGUGCGGAUUGCAGCUUGAUGUAUCCCACGUGCAGGAAAAGCUUUCUGACGGAUAUUUCUGGCUUUUUAGACGAUAAUAAACUAGAGGCAAUCAGGUGAUUUUGCA